CAAAGUGGGACAGGUGGUAACCCUAUAGAAAUAUUAUCUGUAAGUAGGGAUAUCUUGUCUGUAGAUAGGGAUAUUUCAUAGUAUGGAAGAAGGUUUUACCAGAAACAGAGGGAAAAAUAUCCCUAGAAAUACUAUCUGUGAGUGGGGAUAUCUUGUCUGUAGAUAGGGAUAUUUCAUAGUAUGGAAGAAGGUUUUACCAGAAACAGAGGGAAAAAUAUCCCUAGAAAUACUAUCUGUGAGUGGGGAUAUCUUGUCUGUAGAUAGGGAUAUUUCAUACAAUGAAGGAAGGUUUUACCAGCAGUCCAGGGGAUAUUUAGCAGCCUUUAUCUUGCAUUCUUACUAGUAGUAUUUUCACACACUUUACUUUGGAAAAUACAUGUAAUAAGUGGGGAGAUUUAGUGACAGUAGGUAGCUCAGAUAGGCGAUUAUGUUAUUAACUAGAGAAACAUAUAGAGUCUGGGUUUGAGAGGGGAAAAACUUAAAAGUGGGUUGGGAAACAGUCUUGGGUUGGCCGUUUCUAAUACCGUGCUCACUGUAGUUAGCUUUGAUUAAAUAACAAUUGCUACUUGGGUAAAAGCUUGGUUAUUAGUUCUACUUUAUCAAGCUGGCAAUUAAUUCAUACUUUAGGACUUGUUUGGAGGUGCUGCUGUCCACUGGGUACUCUUGCCAUUUCAGAAUUAAUGGCUCCUAUGCAGGCAGAUUAGCACUGCUUAGACCGAGGGUUUUUGCAGGGAGCUGGGGUUUAGGACUUGUUUAGAGGUGCUGUUGUCCACUGGGUACUCUUGACGUUUCAGAAUUAACGGCUCCUAUGCAGACAGAUUAGCACUGCUUAGGGUUUUUGCAGGGAGCUGGGGUUUAGUACUUGUUUAGAGGUGCUGCUGUCCACUGGGUACUCUUGACGUUUCAGAAUUAAUGGCUCCUAUGCAGGCAGAUUUGAUAUAAGACAAGAAGAUACAAGAUAACAGGUUAUCACUAAAUAAUAUUCCAAAAGUGCAUUUGUCACUUGAACUGCUACUGUUGAGUUAAUCAUACAGGUAAUAAAACAGAAGGAAAAAUGAAGGUAAGUACAAAGUAGCCCACUCUGAUUUUAUAGCACAAAAAGAAAGAAUAGUUUUACAUACCUGUUUAACAGAAAGAAAAAAAAUGCCCUAAAAAUUAAAGAUGGAAGUAAACUAGUUUAAAAUACAUUUCGCAAUUAAGUUUUUGCCAAGUCUGAAGAGUUAACUAUUCUUAACAUUUUGUAUUGCUGUGAUACAAGGUACUGUAUCACCAAAUUUUUGUAUGUGGAAUGAGAUAAAAGCAAACAAAAUUUUGAUCUCCUUUGCAUCUCCCCAGGGCUGCAAUUUGUCAGGCCUAUUUUUGUGCAACAUUUAUUCAUGUAUCGGGAUAGUUGCUCGGCCCUCAUGAUUUAUAUUCUUGAAAUGUUGCAGUAGGUUAAUUUGUUAUUUUGGAUAAAAACUAUUGCUCUUCCUUCUUGACUUUUACCAUCCAGACUGCUAGAUGAAGUUGCAUCACAAGUGGCACAUGUGAGGUGGGGCACAUGUGGAUUUGUUAUCCAGACACCAUUGGGUUGUGGCAUAAGGUAACAUUAGGAGUAAAGCUAUACUUAUUAAAGUCUGUAAUAUACCAUACCUGUGGUAUCCACUGAAGUCAGUAUCAUAGUAGUUGUGUUCCUGACCCCCCACCUUUUCCUAAGAUGAGAAUAUAGGCCACCGACACUGCAAUCGACUUCUCUAGCUGAGUCUUUCAGUAUGUAGAUGCAUUAGUCAAAAUGGACCUGCUGGUGUCAUAGUCGGCAUGGUGAGUUAAUGAUUAAAUCUUGGCCUCAGGGGUCCCUGGCAGACUCCUGAGUUCUGGCCACUGUCUGCAUGAGAUAUACAUAUUCUCCACGUCUCUGUACUUUUUUCUCUACGUACUCUGGUUUCUUUCCACCUCUCAGAAACAUGCUGUUUGAAUGGCUACAUUAAAUUGUCCAUCGAUAUGUUGCAUUUAGUCUUGACCUUGUGACCCACCCAUGCCAUGGGUGAAAAGGACCUGAAAAGAAUCAGUUCAUUUACUCAGUAAACAAAGAAAUAAAGAAAGAAAGUAACAAACAGCAAAUAAAUAAAUAAUCCCUCCACCCCCACAGCCAUCAGCCUUGUCUGUUUUUUAGUGCUUGCUUAGUCAUAUGAUUUUAUAAUUUCAUGGUAAUCUUGUCUGAUUGUCCAUAAUGAUUAAGUAGCUUCACUGUGAUAUGGUAAAUGGUAUCUCAUGGGUUCUGUUUGCAUUAGCAACCUCUCAUCCUUGUUAAUAUCAACUAUUUAAAUGGUAUACUUGAUAUUAUGUCAGAGAACCUAAUUCUAUUUAAACAAGCAUGUUGUUCAAACAAGCAGAACUAACUAAUAGCUUGUAUUUUCUCCAUAUUUUAGAAUGAAUAAGUAAACACAGAAGCAUGAAAACAAGAAAAUGUUUUCCAUCACAUUAGAAAGUAGACAUAUACCAUUUUGAGAACUGCAAUGGAAACAGCAUUACAUAAGAACUCUUCUACCACCUCUGAAGACGCAUCCAGUCAUCAACCGCCUGAGGGACACCGGCUUUGGGAGGUCAUCACGAUUGCUACCGUCACGGCAAUUGUAAGUUUAAUAACUAUAAUAGGCAACAUUCUAGUUAUGGUGUCCUUCAAAGUCAACAGCCAACUCAAGACAGUCAAUAACUAUUACUUACUCAGCCUUGCCUGUGCCGAUCUUAUCAUUGGGAUAUUUUCAAUGAAUCUGUAUACUUCUUAUAUACUGAUGGGAUACUGGUCUCUUGGAAGUCUAGCAUGUGACCUUUGGCUAGCACUAGACUAUGUAGCAAGCAAUGCUUCUGUAAUGAACCUGUUAGUGAUAAGUUUUGACAGAUAUUUUUCAAUCACUCGCCCUCUGACCUACAGGGCUAAGCGUACACCAAAAAGAGCUGGCAUCAUGAUUGGUUUGGCUUGGCUUAUAUCUUUCAUCUUAUGGGCGCCAGCCAUUUUAUGCUGGCAGUACUUUGUUGGAGAACGAACUGUACCACCUAAUGAAUGCCAAAUCCAAUUUCUGUCUGAGCCAAUUAUUACAUUUGGCACUGCAAUUGCAGCUUUCUACAUCCCAGUUUCAGUGAUGACAAUAUUAUAUUGUCGUAUCUACAAGGAAACUGAAAAGCGUACAAAGGACCUGGCAGAACUACAGGCUUCAAAUUCUGUGACCGAUCUUGAAAGUAUCAAGCCACAGAAAGUGCUGCUGAAGUCAUGUUUUGGUUGUAAACAGCAAAAACACUCUAAAAGAGAGAGGUCCCAGGCAUCCUGGUCUUCAUCCAACAGAAGUACCUCAGUGAGUGCAAAGACAGCUCAGACACAAAGUAGUUCUAGUGAAUGGUCUAAAGAGGAACAAGGAACUACAUUUAGUAGCUGCCAGUCUUCAGAAGAUGAGGAAAAGCAGACUCCCAAGUCUUCCUACCAAGUAUCUUUCAAGAGUCAAACUAAAAGCCACAAUGGAAAUAUUACAGAAGAUGAAAAUAAACAGACUUUUAAUGACAGCCACUCCAGCAAAAAUAAUUAUGAAGGUCAGAAGUAUUUUCUUUCUCCCACCACAUGUCACAUGCAAAAAAAUAAAAAAUGUGUUUCAUACAAGUUUAAACUGAUUGUAAAGGCUGAGAAUACACAAGACACCAACAACAUUUCUACAAAAGUUAAAAUUUCACCAUGCUCAACCUCAGAGAAAGAUCCCUCUGUCAAAGGCAUGGACUUGAACAAUCAAAUUACCAAGAGAAAAAGGAUGGUGCUCAUCAAAGAAAAAAAGGCAGCACAAACUCUGAGUGCUAUCCUUUUAGCCUUUAUACUCACCUGGACACCAUACAACAUAAUGGUUUUGGUUUCAACCUUUUGCUCAGAGUGUAUACCAGUUUCUCUCUGGCAUCUUGGAUAUUGGCUAUGCUAUGUAAACAGCACAGUAAAUCCAAUCUGUUAUGCACUCUGCAACAAAACCUUCAGGAAGACUUUCAAGCUCUUGUUACUUUGCCGGUGGAAGAAGAAAAGAGUGGAAGAAAAAGUAUACUGGUACGGGCAGCACCAAGCCGGCACUAACAAGAUACCGUGACAUAAGAUGAUCAUGAAUUGUAAUGCUUGCACUGUACUAUAAAAUAUGAUGUUGCACUUACUUUACUGUAUGAAUGCAAACAAGAAAUAAUGUAUGUGUGUGUGUGUGUGUGUGUGUGUGUGUGUGUGUGUGUGUGUGUGUGUGUGUGUGUGUGUGUGUGUGUGUGUGUGUGUGUGUGUGUGUGUGUGUGUAUAUAUAAUAUACACAGGGGAUGUCUACUUUGAGAGGCAGUACUGAAUUAUUUCCUUUCCCUGCUAUUAUUUCUGAAGGUGUUCCUUCAUUACUGGGCCAGAUUAUUUACCUGAAGUAGCUUUGUUGCAUUAAUGAACUCCUGUAAUAGUCUCUGCAAUUAAAACAAUGAAACAGUAUCAGAAGUAAAACACUGAAACAUCAUAGGCCUGCUGGCACCAAACAUAAUUACAUUUUGGUCAGAUGUUGCCACAGUUCUCCUUAAAAUUAAAAUAAUUCGCUAACAAAAAUGUUACAACAGUUAUAAAGAAGAAUGCACUACGGCAAGUAUAACUAAAACAUUUAGCUGCAAAAGUGACAAACAUAUUAAAAUCUAACAGAAUUCAUUUGAAAGCAUGCAUCUGUAAUGCUCUUUCUUUCUAUAAUAUAAAAGAAAGCUGAAUGAAAACAAAAUACAGGCCUUGGCAAAUUUUAAGAGAAGGUUUCAGAUUAUGAAUGUAUUCUGCCUAUGGCUGAGGCUGCUGUAACUGAUUCAAAAUGUAUUCAAAGUGAAUGUUGUUCUGCAGUCAGCUUCUUUCUUUGACAAAAUAACAAUUAAUUCAAGUAUUAUGCUGAUUGCCAACAAAAACAGCUUAUCUAAUGUACCAGUUAUUUUUAUAGCUAAAUGGUUAUA